AUGGCUUAUAACUCAAGAAAUAGUAGUAGUAAUAGCCAAGGGGGCGGAGGUAUGAUUAUUGGUAACAAUAAUAACAAUGGUGUGAUAAAUAGACAUUCAUCAGAAUCAACACCAUUAAUAAAUAAUGAAACGUACGAAGUAGAAAAGAAAUAUGCACCAAUACCAUCAUUUUGGAAUACAGUAAAGGCGUUUGCUGGUGCUGGUUCCUUUGCAUUACCUGGUGCAAUGACACAUGCAGGUUUAUGGAUUGGAUCAAUUGGUUUAGUAUUAAUUUCAAUAUUAUCAAAUUAUACAAUGAAUAUAUUAUUAAAAUGUUCGAUUCAAAUGACUCAAGAUAGAAUUGGGCCAGAGAAACCAAGCUAUGCAGAUAUUGCACAAAGAGCAUUUGGAAGAGUUGGUGAAUUAUUUGUAUGUUUUAUGAACUUUUUAGUUACAAUGAGUAUUUGUGUUUCAUAUCUCAUUUUAAUUGGUCAAAAUAUUGAUUAUUUUACAAAAAUUGGUUACAUUCCAAUGAUUUGGAUUGUUUUACCUUUUAUUUUAUUAUUAACAUUUUUAACUGAUAUGAAAUAUUUAGGAUUUACAUCAAUUUUUGGAGCAUUGUCAUUAAUUUUAGCAAUGUUUACAAUUGUAAUUUAUGGUAUAAAGGAUAACCAUGUUCAUCCACUUUCAGAUUAUACAUUUGAUUUCAAGCAAAUACCAUUAUGGUUUGGAAAUGCAGCAUUCUUCUUUUGCAAUCAUAUCGUUGUAAUUCCAGUUAGUCAUGCAAGUGGUGAUAAUAAGAGAUAUCCAAAUGUAUUGAAUUUUGCUAUGAUUUUCAUUACAGUGAUUAAUGUUGCAUUUGCAGUGUUAUGUUACCUUUAUUAUAAUUUCAUUUCUGGUGGUAUUCCAUCUGCAAUCGUCGAUGUAUUACCAAACGGAAUUUUCGCAAAUAUUGUAAAGGUUUGCGUCGUGUUGGAAUUGUCAUGUUCAUUCCCAUUGAUUUUCGCAGCUGGUUUAAAUGUUGUAGAUUCAUCAAUUCAAAUUUUCCAUCAUCAUUUCAAUGCAUUCCCAGAAUUGGAUGGUUCUUCUGUGAAAACUCCAUUCUUUUCAAGAAAUUGGAAAUUUUAUUUAAUCCGUAUCGUCUUUUGUAGUAUGUUGGCUGGUAUCGCUUCUGCCGUUACAAACUUUGGUAAUUACACUUCACUCAUUGGUUCUUUAAUGUUGGCUGUCGCUGGUUUCGUUGUACCACCAUUACUCUCUUUAAGAUUUUUCCCUCAACAAGCUAUUCCUUGGAAAGUUUUCCAUAUCACUAUUACUAUCUUUGGUAUUAUGGCAACUAUCUUGGGUACUUAUUUAUCAAUUAAAGCUUUUGUAGAUCCAUCAAAUUAA